AUGGCUACUACCGCUGCAUUUUCGGAGCUGCGGAAGCGGCAACAAUACCGCGACGAUGCCGCCGGCUCUCAACACACUCCGGCUGCGUCUGAGCUCGGCGACCCUUCCACGCCAGCUGAUCUGGGUCCCGAUCAUGCUGAUGCAAAGCCCCAAAAGAUGUACGGCAGGACGCCGGAUGGAACUGUUUUUGUCGUCCCUACUACCCACGACAUGGUUUCACAGCUUCUUGACCCGCGCCAGCCAAAGAAUCUUUCGGAUCUCAUCGUCAUUGCGAUCCUUGCCCUUCACAUCCUCGCCGCCUACAUGCUGCCCGCGGCCUGGAAGAAGCCGGUCUUCGCCAUCAUUUUUCUCUUCUGGCGCUCCUCCUACAACGUUGGAAUUGGUGUGCUUCUACACAUACAGUCCAAUUACAACCGUCUCCUCAGCUGGGCCAUCCGCUGGAAACUCUUCGAGGAUCCCAAGUCAGGCAACAACCCUCGACCAUGGCUCUACAAUCUACUAAAAAAGGAGCUCGAGGCAAAGAUCCCGGAAGACUACGAUUUUGAAAAGGCCCCUAUUGAGUACAAUACUUGGCUGGUUUUCCGACGGGUAGUAGACUUGAUUCUCAUGUGUGAUUUUACCUCUUAUUGCCUCUUUGCCAUUGUCUGUGGCCACACGCCCGACUCUGAAAGCGUCUUCGUCGGCAUCGCGCGUUGGGUUAUUGGCAUUGCUCUAAUCGGCUUCAAUCUUUGGGUGAAACUCGACGCCCACAGAGUUGUAAAGGAUUUUGCCUGGUACUGGGGUGACUUUUUCUAUCUCAUCGACCAAGACCUGACCUUCGACGGCGUAUUUGAGAUGGCCCCCCAUCCCAUGUAUUCGAUUGGCUAUGCUGGCUACUACGGCAUCUCAAUGAUGGCUGCUAGCUACGAGGUGCUCUUCAUCUCCAUUGCAGCCCAUGCCGCCCAGUUCGCCUUCCUCGUCGUUGUCGAGAACCCGCACAUUGAAAAGACCUACAACCCGCCGCCCCCGCGUAACACGCCGACUCCUUUAGAAGAUGCAAGUGCAAAGCUCACGCCCGGAAAACCUACUGCCCAGCCGUCGCCCGAUGGCUCCAUCCUGGUCUCACCCCAAGACUCCCCGGACACCGUGCAUAAUCUUGUCGGAUUCGCAAACAUGGAUCUCUUCCGCGUCUCCGACAUUGCGGUGGUGCUGAUGCCUGCAUACGUGGCAACUCUUGCGCUGACAACUUCUGCUACUCCCUUCUGGCAAGCCAUGUUUGUCGGCCAUGCUAUGCUCUGGCGAGUUUGGUAUCACGUCGGUCUCGGCAUUCUUCUUGAUGAGCAGUCCAAGUCUAAAUUGUGGACGCGGCACUUUUUGAAGUACGGCGAAACUGCCCAGGAAGCCUGGCGCCAGUGGAAGGGCAUGCAUCAUAUCAGCAUGAUCAUGACGAAUGCUUCCUUCAUGGCGGCGUGCUGGAAAAUGUACUCGUUCCCCGCGGACUGGGGCUAUGGCCUGGUGCUACUCAAGCAUGUUAUUGGUGCUAGUCUUAUUGCACUGCAACUCUGGACCGCUUUCAGCGUGUACGAGUCCCUGGGCGAGUUUGGGUGGUUCUGUGGUGACUAUUUCUUCGACCACCAAGCAAAGCUUACCUAUACCUCUAUCUACCGCUUCGUAAACAACCCAGAGCGUGUGUUUGGCAUUGCAGGGCUGUGGGGUGCUGCGCUCAUCACCUGGAGCCGCGCCAUAUUUCUUAUGGCUCUUUCGGCGCAGCUGAUGACUAUUUGGUUCAUCUCGUACGUUGAGCGACCGCAUAUGCAAAAGAUUUACGGUAGAGGUCUCCGCAGCGAAGCUGGCCUGACCAAGUUCAUCAAGCGCUCGCUGCCGCCUCCUGUCAAGACUCUUCAGGAGAGCAUGGACAAGGUUUUGGAUGACACGACGCAAUUUGUUGAGGAUUUCAUCGACACUGCCCGCCCCAAGUUUGCUUCCGGAGUCAAGACUAUUGUCCGUGAUACUUCAGCAAUCUUCAACAUUGCACCUGCCAGGCUGACUCUCACUCGCAUCUCGUCGGAUGUCGAGGGCCUAGACCCCAAGCAAUUCUCGCUCAAGGUUGACGGCCAAACCGCUACGGUAGCGUCGCUUCAUGAGAGGGCAACUGGAAAAGAAGGUCUCACUGGAAGAUUCCCCAAGGACGUUAAGACCAUGACAUUCGAAUAUGGCGCCCCUCUCAAGGUGAAGUGGACAGCGCCAGCUAACCACAGUGCCAAGGAUUGGAUUGGUCUGUACAUGGUUAGUGACAAUCGAUCGAGGGACAUGACCGAAGUGUCCUCUUUGGGCCGAUGGGUACCGACAAAUGCAAGCAGCUACGACAAUCCGAACUUGGAAGCCAAUGUUGUUGUUCCGCAGCACAAGGUUACUGGGGAGAAUGGCGAGGCGGAUGUUGUCGGGGGUGAGGUUGUUUUUGAAGGUGACAAGCUCUGGUGGACUCAGGGCGUAUUCGAGUUCCGCUACCACCACGACGGACACCACAAAGUGAUGGCGGUGUCGGAGCCUUUUGAGAUUGCUCUAGGAAAGUUUGACGAAGAGGACGUGGAUGUGGAUGCUAAGGGCAUGUACGCCGGGGCUGUUGAGUCUAUCCUAUUGCCAGUGGUACGCAACUGCUUGGACCGCGACCCCAAGAUUGCGCCCAAGGACGAGACAGAAGUGUUUGGCAGCCACGUUGAAAGAGAUGGGAAGUACGCCAAAAGAAUUGUUUAUGCUGUGCGGGAAAUGUUUGGCAUUGAAUUUGCACCAGCAGUUGUUCUCGCGGAUCGGAACGUGCGCAAGCUAGCGUGGAGAAUAUGCAACGCAAAGCAAGUCCUGGUGAGUGGUGGAUCAAUAUCAAUCGGCAUCUAUGGUAACUAG